ACCAGGAGUGGAGGCAAUCCUCCUCUCUUUUAGCUGGAUUGCUUCUCAUGAGCCAGCCCCGCCCUUAGAAAAGAUGUUAUCCAUGAGGAUCGUCUGCUUGGUCCUGAGUGUGGUGGGCACAGUCUGGACUGCAGAUACUGAAGAAGGCGAAUUUAUAGCUGAAGGAGGAGGUGCACGUGGCCCAAGAGUCGUGGAAAGACAUCAAUCUGCCUGCAAAGAGUCAGGCUGGCCCUUCUGCUCUGAUGAAGACUGGAACUACAAAUGCCCUUCUGGCUGCAGGAUGAAAGGAUUGAUAGAUGAAGUCAAUCAAGAUUUUACAAACAGAAUAAAUAAGCUCAAAAAUUCAUUAUUUGAGUAUCAGAAGAACAAUAAGGAUUCUAAUACGUUAACCAGAAAUAUAAUGGAACUUUUGAGAGGCGACUUUGCCAGAGCCAGUAACAGUGAUAAUACAUAUAGCCAAGUGUCAGAAGAUCUGAGAAGCAGAAUUGAGGUCCUGAAGCGGAAAGUUCUAGAAAAAGUACAGCAUAUCCAACUUCUGCAGAACAAUGUCAGGGCUCAGCUGAUCGAUAUGAAACGACUGGAGGUGGAUGUUGAUAUAAAGAUCCGAUCUUGCCGAGGGUCAUGCAGCAGGGCUUUAGCUCGUGAGGUAGAUCUAAAGGACUAUGAAGAUCAGCAGAAGCAACUCGAACAGGUCAUUGCCAAAGACUUGCUUCCCCCCCGAGACAGGCAAUACCUACCAUUGAUAAAAAUGAACCCAGUUCCAGACUUGGUUCCUGUACAUUUCAAGAGCCAGCUGCAGACGGCCCCUCUAGAGUGGAAGGCAUUAACAGAAAUGCAACAGAUGAGAAUGGAACUAGAGAGGCCUGGUAGAGAAGGGAAUGCCAGAGGAGACUCUGCAACACAUGGAACAGGAUCAGAGAGAGAAAGCCCCAGGAAUCCUGGAAGUCCUGGAAACCGGAAUCCUGGGAGCUCUGGACCUGGUAGUAGUGGAAACUGGAACCCUGGGAGUUCCGGGCCUGGCAGCACUGGAAACUGGAACCCUGGGAGCUCCGGACCUGGCAGCACUGGAACCUGGAACCCUGGGAGCUCCGGACCUGGUAGCACCGGAACCUGGAACCCUGGGAGCUCUGGACAUGGUAGCACUGGACACUGGAACCCUGGGAGCUCAGGACCUGAUAGUACUGGAAACUGGAAUGCUGGGAGCUCUGGAACUGGUGGUAGUAGAGACUGGAACCCUGGGAGCUCCGGAACUGACAGUACUGGACACUGGAACCCUGGGAGCUCAGGAUCUGGAAGUUUUAGACCAGAUAGCUCAGGCCACGGGAAUACCAGGCCUGCCAACCCAGACUGGGGUACAUUUGAAGAGGUAUCAGGAAUUGUAAGUCCAGGGACAAAGAAAGAGUUCCACACAGGUAAACUAGUCACUUCUAAAGGAGAUAAAGAGCUCCUGAUUGGUAAUGAGAAGGUCACCUCUGGUAGCACCACCACACGUCGUUCAUGCUCUAAAACCGUUACAAAGACUGUUAUAGGUCCCGAUGGUCACAAAGAAGUGACCAAAGAAGUGGUGAACUCUGAAGACGGUUCUGACUGUGGUGAGGCAUUCGAUUUGGGUACCUUGUCUGGCAGGAGUAGCCUGGAUGAGUUCCGCCUUAGGCACCCCGAUGAAGCUGCUUUCUUUGACACUGAAUCGACUGGAAAAACAUUCCCAAGUUUACUCUCGCCUAUGUUCAAGGAGUUUAGCAGUAAGACCCAGUCUAUGGGCUCAGAGUCUGACAGCUUCACAGAUGGAGGGGACACCAGCUCUCAUCACUUCGGUGUUCCUGAGUUCCCUUCCAGUAGUAAAACUUCAAGUCACAGCAAACAAUUUGUAAGCAGUAGCACAACUUAUAACAGAGGAGGCUCCACAGUGGAAACCAAGAGCUAUAAAAUGGCAGAUGAGGCUGGAGGUGAAGCUGGUGUUGCCGACCUCAAAGGAGCUCGUACCACCAAGAGAGGCCAGGCUAAACCUCGCCCUUCCAGAGACUGUGAUGAUGUCCUCCAAACACAUCCUUCAGGUGCCCAAAGUGGCAUUUUCAAUAUCAAGCUCCCAGGAUCCAGUAAGAUUUUUUCUGUUUAUUGCGAUCAAGAGACCAGUUUGGGAGGAUGGCUUUUGAUCCAGCAAAGAAUGGAUGGAUCACUGAAUUUUAACCGGACCUGGCAAGACUACAAGAGAGGUUUCGGCAGCCUGAAUGACAAGGGGGAAGGAGAAUUCUGGCUAGGCAAUGACUACCUCCACUUACUAACCCAAAGGAACUCUGUUCUUAGGGUUGAAUUAGAGGACUGGGCUGGGAAAGGAGCUUAUGCAGAGUAUCACUUCCAGGUAGGCUCUGAGGCUGAAGGCUACCCUCUGCGGGUCUCCUCCUAUGAGGGCACUGCAGGCGAUGCUCUGAUUGAGGGUUCCACAGAGGAGGGGGCAGAGUACACAUCACACAACGGCAUGCAGUUCAGCACCUUUGACAGGGAUGCAGACCAGUGGGAAGAGAACUGUGCGGAAGUCUAUGGUGGAGGCUGGUGGUACAACAGCUGCCAAGCAGCCAAUCUCAAUGGCAUCUACUACCCUGGGGGCUCCUACGACCCCAGGAACAACAGUCCUUAUGAGAUUGAGAAUGGAAUGGUCUGGGUUCCCUUUAGAGAAGCAGACUAUUCCCUCAGGGCUGUUCGCAUGAAAAUCAGGCCCCUUGUGACCCAAUAGGCUGAAGGAGGGGGAAUGGAAGCAUUCUGUUUUCUUGAGUUAGCAAAGUGGAGAGAAAAUAGGGAAGGUGAAGAAGCCAAGAUUCUCUACAACCUAAACCAAUUCCAGGUGCUAUUUUAUUAUUCUUUGUACUGUAGCUAAAUGUAACGGACACAUAUUAGUGCUUUGAAAAAUAAAGUUAUGUAAGUUUUUUAUUUUUAAA